AUGAACGGCGACGGACGCGACAGUAAUGGUGGUCAACGGGCCACCUUGCCCCAACACCCUUCAGUAUUAACCAUUAGCGACUUGACCAACGACAACGAGAGCACACCGCUUCUCAGCAACAACAAGGGUUCAUCUAGCGACAAGAAAAAACCCCAAGUCGAUGCUACAGCUCUUUACGUCAAGGUCAUCACCGAGCAGCUGCCAUGGUACAAGCGCCCUUCAGUCCUGUGGCUCCUCCCGAUCUUUGGAAUGACAUGGAUCACCAAUGGAAUGUUGGCCUCGUCCCAGGGUCAGUUCCAGGCUGCGUUGCUUUGCCGGGAGUACUUGAACCGCCACACCUCCAACAUCUCGACCACUCUGUUGACGCCCAUUACGUUUGAGAACGGCGUUUCGUCGUUCCUUGCUGCUGUCAAACCAGCAGAAGAAUGCUCACUCGCCGAGAUCCAAGCCUUUACUGCCAAGAUCCUGGCCAUGACUGAGGUGAUCACCGGCCUUGCCAGCAUGUUCACGAUCGGAUAUUACGCGUCCCUGAGUGACAAGUACGGCCGCAAGAUCAUCAUGAUAGUUGGGUUCUUCAAUACCCUGCUGGUCCUUGGCUCCUUUGUUCUCAUGAGCGUUUACUGGGACCAGAUCGGCCUGCCCCUGAUGAUUCUCUCGGGUCUGGUCAACGGUCUGUUGGGUGGAACAACCUUGGGUGCGACCAUGGCCCUUGCCUAUGCUGCUGAUUGCACUGACCCUUCGCAAAGGAGUCUCGCCUUCUCGUGGAUCCAUGCCGCCCUCUACUUUGGUCUUGCUAUCGGUCCGUACAUGGGAGGAUCAAUCUCCAAGGCCACAGGAACUAUCUUGACGGUUUUAUUAAUCGACAUCGUCGUCACCUCCCUGGGCCUCUUACUCACCGUAUUUGUCAUGCCCGAGUCCUUACCCUCCAUGCAACCUGAACACCUACGUCAACUCUUUGCGCCCAACGACGCCAAGACUUCUAACAGUAGCGCAGCAGGAGCGCAGCCCGCGGCAAGACGCGCACCAUGGCACUCGCAUGUCCUCCAAGCCUUCCGCUUCUUCAAACCCAACGGCCGGAACACCAAUCUCGUCCUAUUGGCUGCGAUUUCUUUUCUGCAGAUGUUGGCUUACCGCGGGACACUCUCGGUUAUUAUUCUGUACACCAACAAGAUGUUCAACUGGAGCGAGUAUGAGGACGGGAUCAUGUUCUCGCUCAGCUCGACGGCGCGCCUGGUGACUAUGUUGAUCUUCUUGCCGCUUCUGGUUCAUUUCUAUCAAAAGUCAUUUACUAAGAAGCAGAGACGUCUAGCAGCAGCUCAAGCAGCCCAAGCUGCAGCAGAAGAAGUUCACAGAAACCAGAACCGAGCACCUCAUACCCGAUCGUUGUCAUAUGGCAGCCAAGCUUCGACAUCUUAUCAGGACCAAGAUGCCCUUGAUCGCAACCAGACCGUUUUCAAUCCUAACGACCCUACCAUUGCGGCCAGUUUGCAGUUCCUGGGAGAAACUGCCCUUGACUUCAGAUCGGAUGAUGAUGACGAAGAUAGCGAUGAGUACGGUGGGUAUGCAGGGGAAUCGUUCUUGGAUCGCCGUCGUCGUCAAGAGUCGGUCGACUCGCUGGAUACACUGACACCAAGCAAGACACAAGCCCGUGGCACUCCUCGAUUCAACCAGCCCGCAACAACCACCGCGGCCACCAACGACGAACCCUCAACCACCGGCACCUCCACAUUGAGGACCAAGGAACAGAAAUUCAGCGACAUGAAAUUCGACACCUGGAUGAUCCGUCUCGGCUUCGCCAUCAACUCCAUCACCUAUAUCGGCUACGGCCUCGCUAACGAGACCACGAUGUUCUAUCUCGCCACGGCCCUCCAUGCCGUAUGCAUCAUUUCCUCGCCCUCCCUCAAAGCGCUCCUCACCAAUCUUGUCGAACCUUCCCAGUUCGGUGCCGCGUUGGGUGCGUUGCAGGUAGUGGAUUCUGUUGCGGCGGUGGUUUCGCCGGUGGUGAUCUCGUGGGUCUAUGCGUUGACGGUGAGCACGAUGCCUGAGUUUGUGUGGUACUCGUGCGCGUUCUGGACAGGGAUCUGUGUUCUCCUGGCGUUCUUGAUUCGACAGAAGCAGUUCCGUGCAAACAUGACCGAUGCUUAG